CGGGCCCCGGCGAGCCGGGGCGCAGAUGGAGGAGGAUCGCAUCCUGCGGAGGCGCCACGUUGGGACAUAUUAAAUGGACUGCCAAAUAGGCCGCUUGUGCAGCCUUGCAAGAGCCCACGACUGCGAUUUCAAAACACUAGGAACUGAACCCAUAACGUUUUCGACAGCAUGAGCCAGCUCUAUUUCGACGCCCUGAUCGUGGGCGCUGGCUUCGGAGGCAUCUAUCAGCUCCACAAACUGCUGUCUCUCGGCCUCUCUGUGAAGGUCAUCGACUUUGCCGGCGAUGUGGGCGGUACCUGGUACUGGAACCGCUAUCCAGGAGCGAUGAGCGACACGGAAAGUUUUGUGUACCGGUACUCGUGGGAUAAAGACGAUCUACAGACCUACCCGUGGAGUCACCACUACGUGAAGCAACCAGACGUUCUCGCUUAUUUGGAACAUGUCGUGGACAAGUAUGAUCUACGGAAGCAUAUGCAGUUCAAUACGGAGAUGAUAUCUGCGGACUGGGAUGACGAGGCCGGUGUAUGGCGGGUCGAGGUCAGUACCGGCGACGUCUUCAUCGUGAGGUAUCUUGUCACGGCCCUUGGCCUGCUCUCGAAAGCGAACUAUCCCGAUAUUCCCGGCAUAGAGGAUUUCCGAGGCGAGAUGUGCCACACCGCGAAAUGGAGGCCAGAGCUGGACCUCACGAACAAGCGAGUUGCCGUCAUCGGGUGCGGGUCGACUGGCGUGCAAGUCAUCACGGACGUCGCGAAGAAGGUCAAGACACUCACUUGUUUCCAACGGCACCCCCAGUAUUCCGUGCCCAGUGGCGACGCCCCCGUGAGUGAAGAGUACAGAGAACACAUCAACGCACAUUACCCCGAGAUCAUGAAGCAGGUCCGCAACUCGGUGUGCGGCUUCGGCUUUGUCGAGUCAAACACCCCCUACCACGCCGUGGCCCCGGAAGAGCGCGAACAGAUCUUCGAAGCACUGUGGCAGAAGGGCAAUGGUUUCCGGUUCAUGUUCGGCGGGUUCAGCGACGUCGCCACCAAUCGCGAGGCCAACGAGGCUGCCUGCGCAUUCAUUCGCAAGAAGAUAGCCCAGACCGUUCGAGAUCCCCAAAAGGCGAAGAAGCUGAUGCCCCAUGACUAUUACGCCCGGAGGCCCCUAUGCGACGGUGGUUAUUACGAGCAGUUCAACCGGGACAAUGUUGAGAUUGUCGACGUCAACGAGACGCCGAUUACAAAGAUCACCGCGGACGGGAUCGAAGUCAGUGACGGGACGGUGCAUCAACUGGACGUCAUCAUCUUCGCCACCGGCUUUGACGCCAUCGACGGGAACUACAACCGAGUGCGAGUCCGAGGCCGGGACGGCAAGACGUUGAAGGAGCAUUGGGACCCUCGCGGCCCGACCAGCUAUCUGGGCGUCUUUGUGCCUGGGUUCCCCAACCUCUGCAUGAUCACCGGGCCUCAGGGCCCAUUCAGCAACAUCCCGCCCGCCAUCGAGAUCCACGUCGAGCUCAUCUCGCAGAUGAUCGAGCGCGCCGAAGAGACCCGGCGCCAGACCAGUGGCCGCCAGGAGUGCAAGGGCGUCAUCGAGGCCCUCCCGGACGCUGAGGAAGACUGGCUCCAGCAAUGUGAACAGGCCGCUGAGGGGAGUCUGUUCAAGGAGACGGCCUCGUGGAUCUUUGGCAGCAACGUCAAGGGCAAGAAGGUCGCGCUGCGGUUCUUCUUCGGCGGACUGGCCAAGUAUCGCGAGGCCGUGCAGGCCAUGAUCGAGGACGGAUACCGUGGCUUCGUCCCGCUUGAGGGGACGGAGCAAAAGGAGGGAGAGAAGAGAGGCCACGCCCUCGCCACUGCCGUUCCGAUUGAACAAAAGCCUGCGCCUCUCAACACCAUCACGAGCGUCCCUUCCGAGUUGGUCGAGGCUCUCAACUAAUGGGCGAAGCUGCCGAUGGCCGAAUUCCUCGCCAGCCCCUCCCGCUUUGUCUCCGGCCGAGCGACAAUCCAGGAUGCAGAUGCCACGACGAUUCUCUUCGAGGUGCCGGCUAGGGUGGGGGAUUAUCUCUCCUCCUGAAUCGGUUCCCAGAGUAUUGUGCAGGAACCACGGGCAGAUCUAGUAGCCGAACAGAACAUGAAAGUGGUCUUCUCUCAACACCUACCUAACACGAGCAUUGGGAGAAAAUCAAAUCCUACAGAUAUAGUCGC